AUGGUCAUCUGCUUCUCGUGCCGCUCUUUUAAUACGCUGCGCAUGGUCGUCGUCUGUUCGGCGGUGUAUCCCAUCCAAAUUUGCUGCCGGACUCCCGUGGAACUAUUCGCGUUGAUUCUGACGAAGGGGCGACACGGGAGCGGGCAAAUGCGUCUCGAUAUCGUCUACAGCCAGUUUGGAGCCCUCAAAUUACCUUUGACGAUGGAGGGCGGACUAGCAAUGAGGGCCUCUUUCGAUCGGCUAAAAGAAGAAAAUUGUUUUCGAAUCGUCAACAAGAUUACGGACGUACUCAGCGGAGCCUCAGUCAUUUUCCGACCGCUCGGCUCGACGGAGGAUGAGCUGAAAUUCUCCCACAAUCUGAACCUGCUGAAGAAGCCGUUCCGCGGCGAAUAUCGUCUCUUAUUUAUCGACGGAGAGUACGCGAAGCUACGCACGAGAAUACGUUGCACGCCGGCUGCGGAAGCGGUGAAGAACCACGACUACGUGAGCGUGCGUAUCCACUCUGAUUCGCGGGCCGGUCGCGUGUUAUCGCUGGCUUUUUUGAAAAUCGCCCGCCACACCCUGCAGCUGCUUUGCUGGAACCUCUACACAAAAAUAGUCAAUAAAGUCGGGAAUUUGUUGCGGGAAAACUGCUGGAUUUACAGCGUUUCGUCGACGAAAACCAUGCAUCUCCGCGGUGACUACGAUGUGAUCCAAAUGUUCUACGCGAUCAACUACGGGCCCGACAUCGAGCUGAUCGAGUGGGAGGCGAGACGGUUGUCCUUCAUCCGGCCCCUGGAACGAUUGAAACAGCGAUGGCCACUUCCUAGUGUCACUAAUAGCUUGCAA